UACAGUUGUAUGAGUUGAGUAAGAACUUACAUGUGCGUUGUUCUUUUUUUAGUAUGUUACCUUUAGGUUAACAAUCCGAAAUCAUUUCGGUUCAUGUAUUUCUAAUGCACGCUGUUGUGCGAACUUAUUCUACCUCAUGUUGAAAGUCGGCGGAUCAGUGCAGCUGAUCAGAAAUCUCGCGGACUUGCGGCAAUGUUGCAUUCCAGCAGCGGUAUACUGAGAGCCGCCGUCCAGUGCGUUACUCGCUCUCACUGGAGUCCAGGGUCUGUGUGGUGUCACUGCAGGAAUGUGUCUGUGAAAACAGGAGGAUGGAAAACCAAGAAAGUUCCUCAGAGAUACCUGGGUCAGCCAAGCCCGUACACGCACCCUCACCUCAUCAGAUACGGUGAGGUGAUGCCAGGUCUCACCCAGACCGAGUUUGAGUUUCGCCGGCAGCGCUUGGCAUCUCUGAUCAAGAUGCAGGCGGAACGACUAACAGGUUCUGGAGCCUCUUCAAACUCCUCCCACAUUGUCAUCAUCCUAUCGCAUCCCAUUCGCUACAUGACCAAUGACAUCCCUUACCCGUUCCACCAGAACCAGGACUUCCUGUACCUGACAGGAAUUAUGGAGCCGGACAGCGCACUGGUGAUGUACGGAUCGGGUAAGCCGGACCAGGCUGUGUUAUUCGUCCCACGGCGAGACCCGUCGCGAGAGCUUUGGGACGGCCCUCGCUCGGGGAAAGAUGGGGCAGCUGCUUUAACGGGUCUAGAGCGGGUUCACAGCACAGAGGAGCUGGGUGUAGUGCUAAAAAGCUUGAAAGGAGGAGCUAUAUGGUACGACAGCUCUCAGCCUUGCCAUCCACAUUUACACCAGACUCAUGUGCUCCCCCUAUUGGAAGGAGGACAGCUGACGAAGUCUCUCCGACCCCUCACUCAUUCCCUCAGAGCCAUUAAGAGCCCAGCAGAGGUCGCUCUGAUGAAGGCGGCAGGACAGAUCACUGCCCAGGCAUUUAAGAAGACGAUGGCCAUGUCAAAAGGAGACAUUGAUGAGACAGUUCUCUAUGCAAAGUUUGACUUUGAAUGCCGUGCUCAUGGCGCAAACUUCCUGGCAUAUCCACCUGUGGUUGCCGGUGGAAACCGAGCCAACACACUUCAUUACAUCAAUAACAAUCAAAUAGUGAAGGAUGGAGAAAUGGUCUUGUUGGAUGGGGGCUGUGAAUAUUUCGGUUAUGUCAGUGACAUCACACGCACUUGGCCGGUGAAUGGAAAGUUCAGUCCUGCUCAGAGAGAGCUGUAUGAGGCCGUGCUGGAGGUGCAGUUGGCCUGUCUGUCUCAGUGCAGUCCUGGUAUCAGUCUGGACUACAUAUACUCCACCAUGCUCACACUGUUGGCCCGGCAGCUCAAAGAGCUCGGGAUCAUCCCACAAAGCACCAGUGAUACAGACACACUGAAGGCUGCUCGGCAGUUUUGCCCCCAUCACGUGGGUCACUACCUGGGCAUGGAUGUUCAUGACACCCCUGAGCUGUCCCGUUCACAACCGCUGCAACCUGGCAUGGUGAUCACAAUAGAGCCAGGAUUAUACAUCAGCGAGGACGACAGCUCAUGUCCAGAGAGAUUCCGGGGUCUUGGGGUGCGAAUCGAGGACGAUGUGGUGAUCCGAGAGCAUGGGGGACCCCUCAUCCUGUCGGCAAACACCCCAAAAACCAUCGCUGAGGUGGAGAGAGCUUGCGCACAUGGAGAAGACUGAAAGGAAAGAGUAGAACAUAGCAAGCCCUGCUAGAAUGAGUCUGUUCCUCCCAUCUUUUAACCCCUCCGCUGACAGGCUUUUCUGUAAUAGUGAACUCAGGAGGUCUGGAUCUCACAGAACUUGCUCCAGUUAAGUAUUAAACCUGGAGGAUUAAGAGCUGGACGUGUCUGGACAGCGUGCAAUGUCUCCCUGAUAGCCAGUUCACUCCUACGCUAGCUAAAUGGUUGUGUUGGGUCGUGUUUUGUAUUUGACCUGCACAACUACACUCUCAGAAAAAAGGUACAAAAGCCGUCACUGGGGCUGUACCCUUAAAGGUACUUAUUAAUAUGUAAAGCAUAAAUAUUUGUAUGUUUUGAAAAUUUACCACCCCAGUGACAGCUUUUCGUCCGAGGGCUUAUGGGAGACUUUAAAUUAGUUCAGAUGGAGAAACAAGCAGGUUGUUAUGAUUUAGCAUGGUGAACAGGCUGUUUGUGAGACAAUUUAUCUGUUGUAUUGUGAGAGGUUCGAUUUGUGUUUGAGUAUGUUUGUCUGCUGAGGUUUUUACUGUCAUACAUGGUGUUUUUUUUUUUUUACUGUUGUCAAAAUAAUCGUCUAAUUCUUGAUUUUGUUGCUGCAGUUUGUAAGCACAAUGCAUUUCUAAGUCCCGUAAUUAGUCAAUGAACAGAUUUUUAG